UUGCUAAAAAUUUCCAUUUAUAGUAGCGGUGCAAGUGUUAAGGAACAACCCGAAAAUGAAAGUGGUGCGAGUAUUAAGGGAAAGAUGGAUUAUUUUUUUUGUAUUGCAUUUGUACCUCACUCGACCAGAAAAACAUAUUUAUAGAGAUAUAAGAAACAUACUUGUGCCUACAUAUAUACCUAUCCAUUUUUCCAUUUAACAAUAAUUUUGCAGGAGCCUCCUAUAACCAUGUAACAUGAAAAAUGCAUUUAAAAAACCAGAGGGAGUAUAAGUCUAGUUAAGAGAGGAAAUAGCCAAAACAAAAAUUAGAAAAAAUUUUAAGAUGAAGAAUUGUCACAAUAUUUUCUCAAGAAGUCAAGAACAAAUUAUACACAAUAUUUGUCAAGAAUAGAUGAAAAUGCAAACUAGUUGAUAUAAAAUAUAUUGAUGAGCAUCUUGGUAUUAUGCAUGCAAAUGCAUAACAGAAUAAAUGGAAUGGGACCUUGUUCUUAUCUGAAUGCAUAUAUAAAGUAUGCAUACACAUGACGAAUAAAUAAGUGGUGGGCAUGACGGACCACCAGAAUAUGUUCGUGUGUGGUGAGUUGGUGAUUCAAAUGUGUGUAUAUAUAUGAAGAUAUCUGACCUCCUCAAUUACUACACACAACAACUUAGUUCCUACUUACUUGUACCACGUACUAAUACAGAAGCAUCAAUCUCACCUUUUCAAGCUCAAGAAAAUGGCUCAACUUGCCGCUCAGAGUCAGGGUGUUGAGAAAUACGGGCCUUAUGGGUGUCAGACUGGGCAACCAUGGUCUAUGAUGCUUGAACCAUGUGAAAGUUUAUGUGAAUUAAUCAUAUAAACUGGUGCUGUUGUUGAUUCAAUUACGUUUGUCACCACAAAGUGUCGUCGAAAGUUUGGCGGUAAUGGCGGAAAUGCUGAACACAAGGUCACAUUUUCUCUUCACUUUCAUAAUUAUAUUCACUACCUAAUUCAUAAACUCGUUUUAUCUUAUUUAACAUGUAUACAAUAAUUUAUUCGUACCCAUUUUUCUUCGAAUGUUAAAAAUGGCGGGGAAGGGGGUAGUGGGCCUAAUUUGAAUUCUACUACUCUCAAUGAACCUGUAAGAAUGCAUAUGGAUGAAAAUGUGUUGUUGAAUUCUCCUAUUUCUCCUGCUAAUACUUCGAUUCAUUCGUCCCCUGUUUUGUCCCCUGUUAUAAUUAAAAUCGAAGAUAUUGAAGAUGAAAUCAGUUUCUGGCAAUCUGCGAUUGUAUGUUAUGUGUUGGGAGCUAACCCUCCUCAACAUGUAAUGGAAGGGUUUGUACACAGGAUUUGGGGGAAAUUGGGGGUGGACAAGGUUGCUUUGAUUGGGAAAGGUAUUUUCAUUGUUCGAUUCCUCAACAUGGAAAACUGCCAAAAGGUCUUAAAUGGGAAUGCUCAAUUUUUUGAUAAGAAACCCCUCAUUAUCAAACCUUGGUCAGCUGAGGUGAAUUAUGCUAAGGAUCCAGUGAAACAGGUUCCAAUCUGGAUUAAGUUCCCUGAUUUAGAUGUGAAAUACUGGGGGGUAAAGAGUAUGUUUAAGAUAGUUGGUCAAGUGGGGAAAGCAAUUAGAGUUGAUCAGGCUACAAAAAAUAGGGACAAAUUGAUGUUUGCAAAGGUGUUGGUUGAGGUGAACCUUGGUCAAACCUGCCCCAAAUUAAUUCAGUUUGUCAAUGAGAAAGGAGAUCUUGUGGACCAACCUGUGGAGUAUGAUUGGUUACCUACCAUUUGCUCCCACUGCAAGGGGUUGGGUCAUGAGAGUAGGGUAUGCUCUAAACUACAGAAACCACCACAGAGGAAGGAAUGGAGACCUAAAACUGUCCAACAAGUGAAGGAACCUUCUCUAAUUCCAACUGGUGGCGUGCAGCCAACUGUUGGAGAGGUUCUGGUUCCUGCAGUGGGACACAUGGUGGGGAGUGGGAGGAAUAAAGAUGGUUUUGUCCAAGCUACCUCCUUCAGUAGACAACAUGGACAACAACUCAGACCUGUAAUUACAAAGAACAAUUUCCAUGCUCUCAACUUGGAAGAUACUGAUGGAUUUGAUCCUGUAGGGGAUGUAGCUGGUCUGUUGGAUCGGGGGUUGAUGACCCCUAGAUCCAAUGGAUAGUGUUCUUAGCUGGAAUGUAAGAGGGCUAAACAGGAGAGCAAAACAGAUGGAGGUGAAGAGAUUCAUUCACACCCACAAUAUUAAACUGGUUAGCCUUCUUGAAACCAAGGUUAAGGCAUCCAAAUUGGGUGACUUAUAUCUUGGGGUGUGCCCUGGGUGGAACUUCACAACUAAUAUCAGUUGUUCCACUUCAAGUAGGAUUGUGUUAGCUUGGGAUCCUAACUCCUUUACACUGAAUAUUUUGUCAAUGAGCAGUCAACUUAUUCACUGCUUCAUCACUCCAAGAAGCACAGGUGUGGGAUUUCUUGGUACCUUCAUUUAUGGCAUGAAUACUAAGGAGGAUAGAGUGACUUUAUGGAACUCUCUCACUCAAAUUUCAGACAACUGUACUCAACCAUGGAUCAUCAUGGGGGAUUUUAAUGCUCUAAUGGAUGUUGAAGAUAGAGUGGGUGCCACUGUCAGAAUUAGGGAAAUUCAAGCUAUGAGAGCUUGUAUGAAUCACUGCAACCUAUCCACCAUCAAAACAGUGGGGAGACAAUUCACUUGGAAUAACAAGCAAGUGGGGGAGGACAGAGUGCUGUCUAGAAUUGAUAGAGUGUUGGCUAACGCUAGUUGGACUGACAUGUAUCCUGAUGUAGAGGCUAACUUCUUACCAGAAGGCCUUUUUGAUCAUAGCCCUAUGAUUCUCAAGGGAUAUAGAAGAACCAACUCCAAGAAACCUUUCAGGUUUUACAAUAUGUGGACCUGUGCAGACAGUUUCAUGGGUUUGGUCCAAAGAGUUUGGAAUAAACAGGUUCAUGGUUGCCACAUGUACAGAUUACAACAAAGGCUGAAAUGGCUCAAAGUUGAACUGAAAACUUUGAAUAAAGCUGGUUUUAGCAAUGUGGAAGCUGAAGAUGUGAAAAAUUAUGCAGUUCUAUUAGAAAAACAAGCUAUUCUCCACCAACUCCCUGGUGACUUCAUAGCUGCAACUGAAGAGAAACAAGCUGCAGAAGAGUAUAGGAUUGCACACCAAGUGUACCUAUCUUUUUUGCAGCAGACUGCUAAACUUCAAUGGCUGGAAAAGGGAGAUGAGAACACCAAACUCUUUCAUCAAAGUAUUAAGCACAGGAGACAACAGAACUCAAUUCAUUCAAUCCAUGAUAUGAAUGGGAACUGGACAGAUACUCCUGAUGGAGUUAAAAGGGCUUUUACUCAAUUCUAUGCAUCUUUGUUUUGCAACAAGAUGCACCAGAGAACUCCUGUGAACUCUUUGAUUAUGGAUAGGGGUCCAAGGCUAACUGAUGCUCAUAGAAGUCUGUUGGUAUGAAACUUCACCCUAGAGGAGAUCAAAAAUGCCUUAUGGUCAAUUCCUGAUCACAAAGCACCUGGUAUGGAUGGCUACAACAGCCAUUUCUUCAAAUCUGCUUGGCACAUCAUUAAGAAUGACCUACAUAGUGCUAUCAAUGAUUUCUUCACCACUGGAAAAAUUCUCAAAGAAAUCAAUGUAACUUCUAUCACUUUGAUCCCAAAGAUUUCUAUUCCUGCUUCAGUGAGUGACUUUAGACCCAUUGCUUGUUGCAAUGUUAUUUAUAAAUGCAUCACUAAACUCAUCUGCAGCAGGCUUAGCAAGGUACUCCCUGCAAUUGUCUCUCCCAAUCAAGGAGCCUUUGUUACUGGAAGAUCCAUCCUCCAUAAUGUCCUCAUUUGCCAGGAUUUGAUCAAAAUGUACAAUUAUUCUCAAACAUGUCCCUGCUGCUUGUUGAAAGUAGAUAUCAGGAAAGCUUAUGACACAGUUGAAUGGGGCUUUAUUGAAGAAGUUAUGGUGGAGUUAGGGUUUCCCCCCUUUUUUGUUCAGCUCAUCAUGACUUGUUUGCCAACCACAAGGUACUCAAUUCUCAUCAAUGGUGAGCCUACUGAGCUAAUCCAGCCCCAUAGAGGUUUGAGACAGGGUGACCCUUUGUCCCCUUUACUUUUCACUUUGUGUAUGGACUAUUUCUCUAGGUCCAUGAAAGCAGUGGGUGAAUGUCCCCAGUUCAGAUUUCACACCAGAUGCAGAACACUUCAGUUGAAUCAUCUGUGCUUUGCUGAUGAUUUACUAAUGUUCUGCAAGGGUGAGCUUCACUCAGUUGCAUUGCUGCUUGAGGGGUUCAAAGUUUUCUCAGAUACCACUGGCCUUCAGGCAAACCACAGUAAAUCCUCAGUUUAUUGUUGUGGAAUUGUGGAGCACACUAAACUGAACAUUGGCACAAUCAGUGGUUUCACCUUUGGUACUCUUCCUUUUAGGUACCUUGGUGUUCCAAUUAGCACCAGGAAGCUCCAAGCUGGUGAAUGUGAUCUCCUAGUGGACAAAAUGGUGGCUAGAAUUAAAAUAUGGAGCUCUAGACAUUUAUCCUUUGCAGGAAGAACCCAGUUACUCAAUUCAGUUCUCAUGAGCAUCUGUGUGUACUGGGGGAAAAUUUUCCUCCUUCCUAAGUCUGUAAUUAAAAAAAUCAAUGCAGUCUGCAGAGCUUUUUUGUGGUUUGGCACUUAUGAUGAUAGCAGGCCUGGUCCUGUCUCUUGGAACAAUCUUUUUGGUUAUAAAACUCAAGGUGGGCUAGGUUUCAGGAAUCUAGCUUGGUGGAACCAAGCUGCAGUUGGAAAACUGGCUUGGGCUAUUGCUCAAAAACAGGAUAACCUAUAGGUUAAGUGGGUGCAUGCUGUUUAUGUAAAGCAAAAAGAUUGGCUGGUGUAUAGACCCUCUGUAGCUGCAAGUUGGGCUAUAAAGUACAUUUGCAAGGUAAAGCAAGACUGCUCAAAUAGACUUUAUUCCACUAGCUGGUUAACUGAUCAGAAGUAUUCUAUUGGGGUCAUGUAUCAAUAGCUGUGUGAUAUGACUCCAAAGGUCCAUUGGCAUUCUUAUGUGUGGAAUAGAUUUACCCUCCCUAAACACAGAAUAACUUUAUGGCUUGCACUUCAAGACAGACUCAAGACCAGGGAUAGACUUCAUACCUAUGGUGUCAUCAAUGAUGAUCAAUGUGCUCUUUGUGGCUUAAGUACAUAAACUUGUACACAUUUGUUUUUCACUUGUCACUACAGUAAAGAGUGUUGCUCUUUGGUUUUACAGUGGUUGGGGUUUCAUAACUCUAGGACUCAACUGUCUGUUUUGCUGAAAUGGCUCCACAAGUACUGUAAGAACCCUUUCAAAAGGAGAGUUGCUUAUGCUGCAGUGGCCAACAUUGUGUAUCAGAUAUGGAGAGCAAGAAACCUGGCUAUUUGGGAACAGACAGUUCCUUCUAUUGCCAACAAUGUGAAAUGCAUUCAGUAUACUAUUAAGCACAGGAUCUUAAGUAUUCUUAGUCAGAAAGUUAGAACUAGAGAUAGGGAGUGGCUUCAUUCUCUGUAAUAGUUGGUCAGUUGCUCUUGUGAGCUCCUGUUUCCUCUCUAGGGCUCCCCUUUUGAGUGGUUGUAAUUGUUGUUGAGAUUAAUAUAUAUCAAACUCCUCUUGCUUGCCAAAAAAAAAAAAACAAACAUACUUGUGCCUACAUAUAUACCUAUCCAUUUUUCCAUUUAACAAUAAUUUUGCAGGAGCCUCCUAUAACCAUGUAACAUGAAAAAUGCAUUUAAAAAAUCAGAGGGAGUAUAAGUCUAGUUAAGAGAGGAAAUAGCCAAAACAAAAAUUAGAGAAAAUUUUAAAAUGAAGAAUUGUCACAAUAUUUUAUCAAGAAGUCAAGAACAAAUUAUACACAAUAUUUGUCAAGAAUAGAUGAAAAUGCAGACUAGUUGAUAUAAAAUAGAUUGAUGAGCAUCUUGGUAUUAUGCAUGCAAAUGCAUAACAGAAUGAAUGGAAUGUGACCUUGUUCUUAUCUGAAUGCAUAUAUAAAGUAUGCAUACACAUGACGAAUAAAUAAGUGGUGGGCAUGACGGACCACCAGAAUAUGUUCGUGUGUGGAGAGUUGGUGAUUCAAAUGUGUGUAUAUAUAUGAAGAUAUCUGGCCUCCUCAAUUACAACACACAAGAACUUAGUUCCUACUUACUUGUACCACGUACUAAUACAAAAGCAUCAAUCUCACCUUUUUAAGCUCAAGAAAAUGGCUCAACUUGCCGCUCAAUUAUCGUAUUCAAUCAAUUACUAAAGUUUAGAAACUAAAAAAAAAUAAAAAUUCUUUGUACGACACAACUAGGAUUAGGAUGAAGAUAUAUGUACACGACGGUCCGAAACAGUUAGGUUGAUUUUUAAAUUUGUUUUAUCUAUCCCAAUAUAAAAAUGAUGCACCUUAUUCAACAACAUAAAAUUCAAAUAAAAUUAGUGGAUAGGAUUAAUAGUCUUUCCCUUUGUAAAUACAUAGAUUUUAAUCAAUUUCACCCCUCAUAGUUAAGUAUUCUGUAUCUAAUUGUAUGCCAUUAAGUUUUACUCAAUUUAUUAUGAUUUACACAGAGUCAGGGUGUUGAGAAAUAUAGACCUUAUGGGUGUCAGACUGGGCAACCCAUGGUCUAUGAUGCUUGAACCAUGCGAAAGUUUAUGUGAAUUAAUCAUAAAAACUGGUGAUGUUGUUGAUUCAAUUACGUUUGUCACCACAAAGUGUCGUCAAAAGUUUGGCGGUAAUGGCGGAAAUGCUGAACACAAGGUGUUUAAUAGAUACAAUGGUGUGAUUGAUGGAGUCCAGUUCUCAUCACAUGACCCUGUAGGUGGCCUACUAGCUAGAUCUACCCAUUGAUCCAUCUGCUGGUAUUCGUUGUGCAGAGGUUUGUUUCUUGUUGAAGGUAAGGUGUAAGGGAAGUUCACAUUUGGAAACCAGCCAAACAGUGUUGGAGGAGAACAUAUGCUUGUGCCCGCAUUGGCUAAUAAUUAGUAUUGUCAAUUUGUUGAUGCUUGUCACAAUUAUGUAAACUUUUGAGCCUUAUUUUAUUUUGUUAUUUUUAUAUUUUUGAAGAUUACAAUUGAUGUAAAGUGGGAAAUAAUUUAUUGGGUGAUUGUAAGAAUUAGUUUGAAAUUAAAAAUUUGGUUAAAUGCUGAUUUUUUAUGCCGAAAAAUGGUCGUUUAUGCUAUUUUUUUUUUAAUAAAAGUUAAUGAAAAGAGACCCGUUAGGUAUAAAAAGGGCUCUCUCGAGUAUAAUAAUAAAAAAUAGUAAAAUAUUCUAAGAGACCCUCUAUCUAACAUAUGGGGUCUGAAUUUGUUAAUUAUAAUAAUAUUAAAAAAUUCAAAGAGACCCUUUAUCUUACAUAUGGGGUCUGAGUUUGAUGGAAAAAAUAUUAUUUAAAAAUUCAAAGAGACCCCCUAGGUUAAAUAUUAGGUCUGAAUAUUUUUGCAAACAUACCCCAUAUCUCUAAUAAGGGGUCUCUUCUUCUUCUACAUUAUUUUUUACAUGGUUAACGUAACAUACCCCUUUUCUUAAAUAACGGGUCUCUUGUUUUUAACAAACAGACCCCCUCUAGAUGAGAGGUCUCUUUUAUAAAGAGACCCCCCUAUCUAGAGACCCCCUUAAAUGGGGUCUCUUAUGCCAUUUUGAACGGGUCUCUUUGCCUAUUUUUGUA